CGGAGCUCUCAAGCAACGGAGGGUCCCGAGCGCAGCGCAGCCCAGCCGCGGUUGGCCCCCCAACCCCACCCCGACCCUCCACUCCGCCCGUUCGGUGCCCACGCCGCGUCCCGCCCCUUCCACGCGUGCCCGGCCGGCGCGCUCCUCCCUCCGCCGCCUCCGUCCCUCUCCAGCCGAGGAAGAGACUCGCCGCCGCCCCGCUCGCUAUCCGCCCCACGACCCACCCGGGGAAGGAAACGAGAGCCCGAGAUGGCCGGGACGCCCCCUCGCCUGCUGGCCCUCCUCUGCCUCCUCGCCGUUGCCCUGAGCGGCCGAGGGUACGCCGAUGACUCGGGCUUCGAUUUAGCAGAUGCACUGGAUGACUCUGUCCCGACGAAGAGACCUACCCACAAGCCGCCCAGGAAGACUUCAGGUGGCACAGGCGAACUCGAUCUCUUGGAUUUCUUUGAUUCCCCACCGGAGAGAACCACCAGGCCUGCAAAGGCCACCACUGGCCCUUAUCCAAGGAAACCAGAUGAUGGCCGCUGGAACAUCCCUCACACCACCACCACCAAGCAGCCCAAAACUACCAAGCCGCCCCCCAAAAAGACUGCAGGGAAAGACCCCAUGGAUUUCGACUUAUCCGAUGCUUUCGAUGACCAAAAUGACAGAUACCCUGGGGGUGGACCACCUAAAGGAAAUCCUGGUGGAGGAAUUUCGGAUGAUGACUUGAUUGGAAUCGUGGACGAAGGAGGUUAUCAGCCCGAUAAGAAGAAAGGAGACAGUGACAAUGAUUACAAUAACGGUGCCCUGGUAGAAACGGGGACCAUUGCUGGUAUUGUCAGUGGCCUCGCCAUGGCCUUGAUCGGUGCGGUCAGCAGCUACAUCUCCUACCAGCAAAAGAAAUUCUGCUUUAGCAUACAACAGGGCCUGAAUGCAGAGUAUGUGAAAGGAGAAAACAUGGAAGCAGUGGUGACCGAAGAGCCACAAGUGAAAUACUCUGUCCUAGAACCCCAGACAGCAGAAGCUCCACCGCCUCAAGAAAACGCAAAAGUUUGAAAUCUCGGCCCUCCGGCUUAAAAAAGAAAAAAGAAAAGAAAGAACAAAUUGUUGGCAAAAAAACAAAAAACAAAACACAUCGCACACACACACACACAUACACACGAGCACACACACGCACACAUACAUCCACGCACACACGCUCCUCUCACACGAUUUGUAAUUUAGCUUUGAACGAAACGUUUUAAUUUGGAUCCCAAAGCGAUUUAAAUGUGCAUUUCCCUUUGACUAGGGCAGGCUUCUUCUUGUGGUAGGCUUGUAGAACUGGUUGGAAAAAAAAAAAAGAAAAAAGAAAUAAUGAUGAUGAUGAUGA